GACCGCCGUAAAAGAAAGAAUAGAGGUACACAGACAGAACGUGUUACACCGUUAUAAGAACCUGUUUAUCCAAAUAGAAGAGGCCAGUUAUUGUGUAUUGUUUGUCACGCCUAUAUAUAUUUUGUGAUUACGGAAGAAAAAAUGAAUUUACUCGUGGAAGAAUUCCAGCGACAUUUUUUCUCCAUGACUCGUCUGCCUUCUUUCCCCUGGUCUUCUCUACUAGAACAUCUACAGAGGGACACAUCGUCCCAACUGAUUUCAGAAAUCCUGGAUCAGACAUGUCGUCACUCACUGUGCAGGAAGUUCCCACCUUCGGUCAGAUUCAGGAGACUGUUCCUCUCUCAGCUCAUCAAACAGCAGGAGGAGGCAGGAGCGGACCCUCUGGAUGAGCUCUACGAUGCCCUGGCCGAAGUUCUGGGACCUGAGGAUGCCAAUGAGUGCUACAAGAACUAUUUAUUGCCACAUGGUGGCGCAGUUACCUUGCUGGAGAACACGGCUCUAAUCUCACAGGGAACGACGGGGCUGGUGACCUGGGAGGCUGGCCUUUACCUUGCUGAGUGGGCUCUGGAUCAUCGGGAAGUCUUCACUGGAAGGACAGUUCUGGAGCUUGGCAGCGGCAUGGGUGUGACAGGUAUCACCGUCUGUCGCUGCUGCAGCCCGAGCAGUCUCGUCUUCAGCGACUACAACCCCAGCGUCCUGCAGAAACUCAGAACUAAUGUGGGGGUCAAUGGUCUGAGCAACGCCACGCCUGUGGUCAGCGUGGAGCAGCUGGACUGGACGUCAGCCACGGAAGAGCAGUUACAAAAGAUUGGGGCGGACGUCGUCAUCGCUGCAGAUGUGACAUAUGACCCCGAAGUAGCAAGAAAUCUGGUGACACUAGUGUCAAAGGUCAUCAGGAGCUCAGGUCCAGAGGUUUUCAUCUGCUCCACCAUCAGGAACUUGGAGACGCACCAUGGAUUUAAGCAGCAUCUCGAAAAUGCCGGAAUCAAGCAUAAAGUGAUCACAGGAGGCGCUAGUCGUGUGUUUUGUUAUGAUAGAACCUUGUCCCUGGAACUGAUUCAACUGUACCGAUGACAGGACUUCCACUCAACAGUUCUAUCAGGCGUUUCGUUGAUACAAAAUCAAAAAGAACAAAGACCAGUGUGUGUGGACAAUGACAGCGACAGCAGAUAAACAGCCAGAGUUGUAUUUUUAAAAUAAACCUUAUUUAAUUAUUUAAAAA